AAGAAGUAGGUUGGUGACCCAUGAAUUGAUUAACGUGGACCCCGACUUAAACAAGUUGAAAAACCUAUUCGGGUGUUACCAUUUCGUGGUCAAUUGUACGGAAUAUGUACUGAACUGUGCAAUCUACUAAUAAAAGUAUCAAUCAAUCAAUCAAAACCCCUGCUAUACAAUAUAUGCCUUGAGCUCUUAUUUUGAAGGCGCUACGAGCGGAAGUGGUGACACGGUUUGGCGGAGUUUUGAAAACAAACGGAAUAAAGUGGUCCUCGUGUAAAACUGGAGCCUCAGUGAAUGGUGUUUUGUAGUUUUAUACAGUACAGGUGACAUAUGUAAACCAUUGUUUACAAAAGUAUCUUAUUCUAUUUGAUAAAACCGGAGAAAAACGAUUAUAACUGUGUAUCCGGGUUAGGGUUAAGGUUGUUUGAUGACGUCAUAAGCGUCAUAACUGCGCUAGGUGUGCGAAGUCACGUUAAUAUCGGCCGUUAAAAACGUUACAAAACGGAUUGCGUACACCUGCUGUAAUGUCGGCUAAACGCUCAUUGACCGCUAUUGUCGAGUUGAAAUUGUUGUAUAUGGGCUCGUCAUAAUGUAACCUAUUUUUAUGGUUUUGCCUAUUUGUGAUGUUAAGUUCCUGUUAUACAGUAUAUGCCUUGAGCUCUUAUUUUGAAGGCGCUACGAGCGGAAGUGGUGGCACGGUUUGGCGGAGCAGAGUUUUGAAAACAAACGGAAUAAAGUGGUCCUCGUGUAAAACUGGAGCCUCAGUGGCGAAGAAGCCUCCUCGGCUGAUGAAGAAGGCUUUGCCUCUAAUGGCUGACCUCCGGUAGAUGGCGACGUCAGUCUGGUCAGGAUGAGCCACAUGGAUGGAAAAUGCAAAUGUGAGACGGAUGCCAAGCACAAAAUGAAGCGUCUGAAGUCACGUAAGGAGCGCAGCCAGAUGAGAGGCGUCGGCAAGGAAGCCAAACCCCACCAGCAUCACUGCCACCAUCCCAGCAGCCAGGACGUGGCGCAUCUGACCAACUGCCGCCACUCUCUAUGCUGCGCUCCCAGGAGGGAGUGCUCGGACGUGGCUCCUCCCACACAAGAACCGAGCAUCAUCACGACAGCCCGCCUCAUCGGUCACCACGGGCUCUUCAACCACGAGGUGAAAUCUAUCGACAUCGAGCGCUUGUUACUGGAGCAGCAGAACAAGGUUCCCGGUGAAGCAGAGGCUCACAAGAAGAAGAAGAAGGCAGCCUCGACAUCCCACAAUGCAGAGAAUGAUCCCUUUGAAAAAGGCGACGCGUGCGAGAAGAAAACACUUGAGUGUUGUAACAGUCAGGGGUCCGACAUGACACCAGGCCAGCAGCAACAGCGUCAUUCAUCAGCAAGUGGUGAAAGCUCAAAAGCACACAAGAACAGCGGAGAGACAAAUCUUCCCUUCCAGGAAGCGAUGGAGAAGACGCCACCCCAGAUAGUGUCUUCUGAGGAGCACACCCCCAAGAACCAGGGCCCUCUUGACUGCCAGCCCCCUGUUCUCAUUAUCAGCCCGAGCGCCCGUUGGCCCCACAGCUUGGUCACGGUGGAAACCGGCACCGACGCUCAAAGAGAAGAUUCGGUGUCCAAGUCCGUCAGCUCGUUGGGGCAGCGUUUGUGUGCCACUUUGCGCUUUCCCUUCAUGAGGAGGCGAGACCUGGUGACAGAGAGCCAGGAGGUGCUGCUGCACGCCUUGCAAGAAGCGCACGGGCCGCACCUCCACGAGAACCUUCUCCACAUGCGAACGCACUGCUGCCCCCAUUUUGAAAAGCAAAGCCGGACUCAGAAGGUGGACCGCAAAGAUGAGCACAGACUCUGGUCACCAGACGGAUUCCCAGCACCUUUUCAAAUCACCUCGGUCGUCCAGUCCUGUUUUGGCACCAAGGGUGCUACGGCUUUGGAAACCCCAGAAAGGAAGCAUUUUCCUUGGGAGCUCAGUCCACAGCCCACAGAAAAAGCAGCUGGCUGGCCAGCAAGCCCCAUGGAAACCUCGGCCGGCUUUUUAGAAAACAUCUUCAGACCGAGCGUGUCCCCGGACUUCAGAUUGGACUUCGGCUCCUCCGCGGCGGCGUCGAGUCAUCACCUGUUUGCCACGUCUCCUGCCUGGAGAGUAAAAAGUUCGGCCCCUCAGCACCUCCACUUUGACCGGCCUGCAGGCGAAAUGUCGGCCGCUUUCAAUCCCUUUCAGGACAGCUUCCGAGACGAGAGGAGGAGUCACAGGAGCUGCCAUGACCCGACAGGUAGAUACUCGUUAGAACAGUUCCCCCUCGAGCGCGACUUACUUGAAAGUGAAAAAUAUUAUUUUGCCCCGACUUUCUCUGCCCCAAGUCAUCCGCCGCUGUUCAGCCAGUUCAGUCAGCCUCCCACUUUAACAUCGCUCCCUUCCCGCCACAGCGACAGGAUUCUUUACCCACCAUCUUACACACUUGAAAAAGAUCCGACAGAUUCACUUACACCUUUGCCAAGGAUUCACUACCCGCCAUCUUACACACUUGAAAAAGACCCGACAGGUUCACUUACACCUCUGCCAAGUCCUGACCGCUGGUGCUUUCCCCCCAUGAGACUGUAUUGAACUCACUCACGACUUCUUCUUUUCUUCACAGUGUGCUCAUUUAUUUUCAUUUAAAACAGAAGUAAACAAAACAUAGAAUUUUGCAGGGAUAAAGAAAUGUAAAAGAAAA